AUUCAAGAGGCAGGAGAAAGCUCAGUAAACGCGGGCCUUCGUGAGCUCACGGAGGAGACUGGAUAUGUCGCAACAGAGACUUUAUUCAGUUCCACUGGCCGACAAGCCAGUAUGCCUUCACGACUUAAUGAUGCAGUACAGCAUGUUGUCGUUGAAAUCGAUAGAGACAUAGGAAAUAACUCAAAUCCACAACAAUAUCUUGACGAUGCUGAGAAUGUCGAGGUGGUUCUCAUCGAUGAGUCAAAACUGCUGACGACGAUACAGUUGCUAGAAAAGGAACUCGAUAUCGCCAGCAAUGUCUACGCAUUUGCUUUGGGUUAUACUAUGAGGAAUUUGUAG